AACAGUACACGGGCUAUAAUUCAGACAGGUUAGUAUGUAUUUGAAGGCAUUUGUGAACAGUUAGCAGAUAUGCUGUUUCAAAUAAUCAUCCAUUUUAUUUAAAUAACGACUCUAUUAAGUUGUAUUGAAAUGGCUGAGGAGGUAUCAAAUUUAAAUGUCAUGAGAACAUUUGAAGAUGACGAAAAAGAAAGCGAAAGCUUUAGCCAUGCUUUUGUCGAAAUUGAUAGUGAUAAUACAGGACAUUCAAUGGACGAUAAUACAAAUGGUCGAACGAAAAGGGAAACUUGGAGCGGCCAGUUUGAGUUUGUACUCUCCAUUGUAGGAUAUACAGUCGGUUUAGGGAAUAUUUGGCGUUUUCCUUAUUUUUGCUUCAGGAACGGUGGCGGUAUCGCCUUGGUUCCGUUUAUGAUAUUCGUGGUCGUAUGCUGUGGACCAAUCUACUACAUAGAAGUAUGUCUAGGUCAGUUCUCCGGCCAGUCGCCUGUCAAUGUUUGGCAUAUAUGCCCGCUGUUUAAAGGUAUAGGAUUGAACAUGAUAAUUAUAUCAUUCACUUACCUUUGGUAUUAUGGGAUAGCCUUUGCUUGGGUUCUGUACUUUUUAAUCCAGUCGUUCUAUCCUACACUUGGGUGGUCGUCCUGUAAUAAUGCCUGGAACACAUUUAAUUGCAUUGACUCUAGAACAAACUUAAGCGAGAAAAUGCAGAAUGAAAGUACGAAUUCAACACACGCUUUAUUCAAGACUUCUGGUACUGAAUUUUGGGAGCGGAAUGUGUUACAUAAAUCAGACGGUAUAGAAGAGAUAGGAUCGAUUCAACUCCAUUUGAUUGGAUGUCUAUUUCUAGGGUGGUUUCUGGUCUUUUUGUGUCUUGCGAGAGGUGUUAGAACGCUUGGAAAGGUCGUGUACGUUACAGCUACUAUGCCGUAUGUAUUACUAACAAUUCUGUUGAUUCGUGGUGUCACACUAGACGGGGCAUGGAUAGGUCUUCGCCAGUACCUCGUCCCUGAUUUUACAAAAUUAUUCAAUGGACAGCUAUGGACCGAGGCAGCUGUAAUGAGUUUUUAUUCUCUUGGACCCGCAUGGGGCGGUGUUAUUACCAUGGCAAGUUUCAAUAAAUUCAGUCACAAUGCCCUUAGAGAUACCGUUAUUGUUUGUACGGCCGAUGUAUUCACUGGCUUUUACGGAGGCCUUGUGGUGUAUGCAGUACUAGGUUUCUUAUCUAGAGAGACUGGAAUUGCUUUGCAUGACCUCCCAUUUUCAGGUCCUGGGCUUGCAUUUAUUGCUUAUCCAGAAGCCCUUAGUCGCCUUCCUCUACCUCAUUUAUGGUCGGUGCUGUUUUUUCUUACCUUGGUACUUGUUGGCAUAGAUACCCAGUUUAGUAUGUUCGAAACCAUUACCAAUGCUAUUUUAGAUCUGAAUCUGAAGAAAUACGGAAAAUACAGACUACAUAUAUCGGCCAUUGUAGUGGUUGCUUUAUCGGUUCUUGGUCUUCCAGUAGCAUCGUCCGCUGGAUUUUACAUUUUUGUUCUCGUGGAUUGGUACAUGGCGACUUUUAACCUUGUGUUCAUAUGUUUCAUGGAGUGUUUCGUCAUAUCAUGGAUAUAUGGGGCUAACAGAUUUUGUUCAGACAUACAGAUGAUGCGAGGAACUCGGCCAUCUUUGCUUCUUAGAAUUAUUUGGGUGUUUGUUAUUCCGGUUUUUAUUGGGGGUAUACUGAUCACCGCAGUAAGUUCUUACUCGGUUCCUGAUCUAGAUAAAGAUAAAUAUCAGUACCCAACUCACGCUCUUGUCAUUGGAAACCUGUUUGCCUUUGGACCAAUGUCUGUUGUUGUUCUAAUGGCUGAUUAUCAAGUUAUUGUAUCACAGGGAUCGCUGAAACAACGAUUGUGUAAACUUAUUAAUCCGUCAUCUAUCUGGGAACCCAAUGAUAAGACGGCCAGAAAGCAGUGGUAUAUGCAACCCUACAAGUACAAACAUGGGUUUAAGAGACGUUUUCUUUGCGACAUUUUAGGUUUCUGCAAACCGAAGUAAACGCAAAAUAAUAAUAAUUCAGCUAUAAGCCUAAUUUUUUUUAUUACUUUACUAGAUGUUUAUUUAAAUAUCCAUUGUUUAUCUAACUUGUUUCAGUUGCUGUAUUCAUCAAAUAUAAGUUACAUUUAACUAGAUAGUAAUACAAUUAGUAAAUAAUGAAUAAAUUUUUAUUGCAAUAUACAUGUACAUGUACUUUUUUUCUCUAAACUAGUAAAUAAAAAGAGGAUAUUCAUGUUUUUAAUAAGUGUGUAAAUAAUGAUAUAUUUAUUAUUGCAAUAUUUUUUUUCUCUAGUAGAUCUAAAUGAACAGAGAAUAUUAUUUUUUUUUUCGAGAUUUAUCUUUAUCAAGUGGUAUGAAAAUAAAAAAUAUUUCAGGAGUGGCGGUAAAAAUUGAGUACAAAAUAUUUUUUUUAUUUUUGUAUGUGGAGUUUAUAUUUGGCCUCCUUGACUAGGACUGUCUUUCCUUAGAUCAAAAUAGCUUGAAAAUCUGCUAUAAACAUUCGAAGAAAUCACGUUUGUGCGUUUAAAUCGUGCAGUGACCUUUUUCAUUGUGAUGUUUCUAUUUUUGUAGGAAAUAACCCGUAAUAAGUGUUUAUCAAGCAUCUGCGAUUCUGAAACAGCAAACAUAAAAGAGCAAAAUAAAUAAAAAAAAUAGAGAAGCAUACAUAUCAUUUGAAUUCAUGCAAUUAAUCAGCGGAAUUACACUUAUUUAUUAUGUGGUAAGGUGAUAUUUUUUUAUUAUUUUAAAUGCUGAAAAUCUGACACAUUUUCAUAUUUGAUGCCACAACCUCCAUGAAUUUUACAUAGACAGUCACUGAUAAAAAGAUAAUUUAAGGAUAUAUACAUGGUUUAACCAUGAAGCUAUAUAUGCAAUAAAUGUCUCUAGUUUACCU